ACCUCUCCCCCAAUUUCUAGGUUUUUGAAUCAUCUGCCUUCCCAUUUCAUUUCUUACUCAUAAACCCUAGCUCUCUCUCUCUCUCAUCAAAUCGCUAACGAAAAACAUACGAAUCGAGUCUGAAGCUAGGGUUUUUCAUUUUUUUUUGAUUCAAUCCAUUUUACUAUUCGCGAAAUGGCGUCCUCAACGGCUCAAAUCCACGCGCUUGGUGCCACAGCUCAUUUCGCAUCCGUAAAUCCCGCCAGAAGCAACCCCACAAAGACCGUCUUUUUCGGGACGAAGCUCAGCAAUACGGCGUCGUUUGGACUGAAGCUGAAGAGUAAGGCUAGAAGCAGCGGCGGCAGCAGCUCCCGCCGCCACUCCGCUCUCCGUGUUGUAGCAGAGAAGGUUGUCGGUAUUGACUUGGGGACGACCAAUUCGGCUGUGGCGGCAAUGGAGGGAGGAAAGCCCACCAUUGUGACCAACGCCGAGGGCCAGCGGACAACACCUUCUGUAGUUGCUUACACUAAGAGUGGAGAUAGGUUGGUGGGGCAGAUUGCGAAGAGGCAGGCGGUGGUUAACCCCGAGAAUACAUUCUUCUCGGUGAAGAGGUUUAUCGGGAGGAAGAUGUCUGAGGUCGACGAGGAGUCGAAGCAGGUAUCGUAUAAUGUUGUGAGGGAUGAGAAUGGGAAUGUCAAGCUCGAAUGCCCAGCGAUUGGGAAGCAGUUCGCCGCUGAGGAGAUUUCGGCUCAGGUUUUGAGGAAGCUCGUGGAUGAUGCAUCGAAGUUUUUGAAUGACAAGGUUACCAAAGCAGUAGUUACAGUUCCUGCUUACUUCAAUGAUUCUCAGAGGACUGCAACCAAGGAUGCUGGUCGUAUUGCUGGUCUAGAGGUUCUCCGUAUUAUAAAUGAGCCCACUGCUGCAUCUUUGGCCUAUGGCUUUGAGAGGAAAAGCAACGAAACUAUUCUGGUUUUCGACCUUGGAGGUGGCACUUUUGAUGUUUCAGUUCUUGAGGUUGGUGAUGGUGUGUUCGAGGUGCUGUCUACAUCCGGAGACACUCAUCUUGGUGGUGAUGACUUCGAUAAGAGGGUUGUUGAUUGGCUUGCUGCAAGUUUCAAGAGGGAUGAAGGAAUAGAUUUGUUGAAAGACAAACAAGCUCUUCAACGUUUGACUGAGACUGCAGAGAAAGCUAAAAUGGAACUUUCAUCUUUAACUCAAACCAAUAUCAGUUUGCCUUUCAUUACUGCCACCGCGGAUGGCCCCAAACAUAUUGAAACCACUCUUACACGGGCCAAGUUUGAGGAAUUGUGCUCAGAUUUGCUUGACAGACUGAAAACCCCUGUUCAGAAUUCACUGAGGGAUGCAAAGCUCGCUUAUAGUGAUUUAGAUGAGGUCAUCCUUGUCGGUGGUUCAACUCGUAUCCCAGCUGUCCAGGAACUUGUGAAGAAAUUGACUGGGAAGGACCCAAAUGUUACUGUCAACCCCGAUGAAGUUGUUGCACUUGGAGCUGCAGUUCAGGCUGGUGUUUUGGCUGGAGAUGUUAGUGAUAUCGUCCUUCUAGAUGUGACACCACUGUCUUUGGGAUUAGAAACGCUCGGAGGAGUGAUGACUAAGAUUAUUCCCAGAAAUACCACACUGCCCACUUCAAAAUCAGAAGUGUUCUCAACCGCUGCUGAUGGUCAGACUAGCGUUGAGAUCAAUGUUCUUCAAGGUGAAAGAGAGUUUGUUAGGGACAACAAAUCUGUGGGCAGCUUCCGACUCGACGGAAUCCCUCCUGCUCCUCGUGGAGUUCCACAAAUCGAGGUCAAAUUCGAUAUUGACGCAAAUGGAAUCCUCUCAGUUGCUGCUAUUGACAAGGGAACUGGGAAGAAGCAAGAUAUCACCAUUACCGGUGCUAGCACAUUACCCAGUGACGAGGUGCAGAGAAUGGUGAGUGAAGCCGAGAAAUUUGCAAAAGAAGACAAGGAGAAGAGAGAUGCCAUAGAUACCAAGAACCAAGCUGAUUCCGUAGUUUACCAGACGGAGAAGCAAUUGAAGGAACUCGGCGACAAAGUCCCCGCCCCAGUAAAAGAGAAGGUCGAGGCAAAGCUUAAAGAACUUAACGAGGCCAUCUCCGGUGGCUCAACACAAGCUAUAAAGGAUGCCAUGGCUGCAUUGAAUCAAGAAGUCAUGCAGCUUGGACAGUCGCUGUACAACCAACCAGGUGGCGCUGGGCCCACGCCACCUGGCGGGGAAGCUGGUAGCAGCUCUUCAGAAACAUCGGACAAGGGUCCGGAAGGUGAUGUUAUCGAUGCUGACUUCACAGACAGCAAAUGAGAGAGAGAGAGAGUGUGAAAUUGUUAUUCAAUUUAGUUAACCAUUUUUCGUAUCCACCUCUUCCUUUGUGAAUAAGGAAUAAAUUUUUUUGUUGGAAUUUAUCAGCUGAGUAGUAGACUAGUAGUUAUUUAAACAGAAGGUGUUUAUUUUAAGCAAAAAUUUUGUACUAUUUGUCGGCGUCUUAAGAAUUUUUUGCUAUAGGGAAUCUACUUAACACGAUUUUAAGAUGCUGCAUUAUCCAUUGAUUCUAUUGCUGUUGUCUUCCUAAUUUUGUUAUUUACUGGAUUAAAAUGUGGUUCUGCUU